AUGGACAAGAAAAGAAGUCGAAGUAAGGAAUUAUUGGACAGUAAAAAAGAUAGAAUCAGUGAACUUCCCGAAAGUGUUUUGAGUCACAUCCUAUCCCGUUUGCCAACAGAGGAUGCUGUUAGGACUAGUGUCUUAUCAAGGAAAUGGGAGUACAAAUGGACUUCCAUUUAUAACUUAACCUUUGAUGAUAGAAAGAGAUUUCGAUACUCGCACAGGUGGAGGAAAUGGAAGGUGCAGAAGCAGCCUAAAAAGACAGAUUUUAUGAACUUUGUGGACAGAGUUCUUGCUCUUUCUAAGAAUUCGUCUAUCAAAGAGUGUCACCUUUUGUUUCUAGACGUGUAUGAUCCAUUUCGUAUGAAAACUUGGAUCACUGCUGCUCUAAGCUCUAAUGUCCAGAGGCUUCUUAUUUCAUAUGCAGCGGACUUGGUAUUACCUCGUUGGUUUUUCACAUCUGAUUCUUUGAUGAAUUUAGAACUCAAACUCUGCAAGAUCAAAAUUCCAAUGAAUAUAUCUUACUCAAACCUUCGUAUCUUGGAUAUCCAUGGUGUUGAAUUUCAGAAUGAUGAAUCCUUGCAAUCUAGCCACCUGGUGUUUACCUUCCCUGUCCUUGAAGAGUUUCUGUCAUCGGGUUGCAAAUGGUGGAAUAUGAAGCUUCUUGAAAUAAAGGCUCCAAGGCUUGCUAGGUUCGAGAUGACAGACUCCUCCUUUGAAUGUGUAAAUGAUGGACCAAAUGACUGCAAAAUAGAGGUUCGUGGGGGCAACCUUGCAAAACUCAAAUGUGGUGUUGAUAAGUUUGCAAAUUUCUACUUUUCUAGCACAUCAACAAUUGUUGAUGCAUCUCUUCAUUAUUCGGAGCCUUACACGAUUGAUGAUCUUAAGUUAAGGAUGGAGACAUCUUUUCGAGCCUGUAUGAUCUUGAGACAGGUCUCAGCUUUCAUCAGAUCCUUGGAAUUAUCUACUGAUCUGGUCCAGGUACUUUCCCAUAGGUAUCCAUCAUGUCGUCUUCCAUUCUUUUAUAAGCUUACCCACCUCAAAGUGUAUUCAGCAAGAAUGGCAAUUGAGUGUGAUGCAGCUCUGAUAGACUUUUUGAAGGAGGUGCCAUUUCUUGAAUCACUUCUAUUUACUGGGCAAUAUUCAAGCAAGGCUGCUGGCAACAAUGAUGGAAUUGAAUUGAUGUCAGGGAAUUUCUUAUGUUGCCUCAAGGUAGUCAAAAUAGAAUAUUCCUCCUAUUUUCCUAGUCCAGUGGAGAGUCAUUUGGCGAAGUUUUUACUGAGGAAUGCAGUGAGGCUUAAGGAGUUCUUGAUUUAUCAAGAGCAUAAGCGGCAUGAGGCAGAUCAAGUUAAAAACAAGCUUUUAAAUUGUUCUAGAGGCUCAAGUCAUGUAUUUAUACUGUGCAUUUGA